AUGCAAUAUUAUUGGUACUAUCGUAGUUGGAUGCAUGACAGGUUGUAUCGAGGAAGACGCGAACUUAAAUUAAAUUUUGGGGAAGGAGUCAAAAGGUUUAUCACAUGGGCAUUUUCUCAGGAAUGUUGUCAAAGGGAAGGAGGAGUUAGAAGUCCUUGUCUUAAAUGUGAAUGCAUACCUAUAAUUAGUGACCCAGAGGAAGUAGAACGUCAUUUGAAGACAAGGGGUUUCAUUGAAAAUUAUUGGGUUUGGACAUAUAAUGGAGAAGAACUGCCGAGUAGCGUACCAGAGACCAGUAAUAUAUAUGCUUCAAGUAGUCGAUCACCGAUGGAACAUGGGGAAAAAUUUAAUCUGAUCGGUGAGAAGGUGGGAGAUGCUUUUGGUGUGAAUGUGACCUAUGAUGAACUUGAAGAUUUUGAUGGGAAAGAGUUGCCGAAUGAGGAAGCGCAAAGAUUUUAUCAGUUGUUGAAUGAGAUGAAUACAUCAUUGUUUGAGGGGCCGUCAGACUCAAAAUUAUCAAUGUGA